AUGCCUCGACUACCCAAAGGUGCCUAUAACAGGCUCCUCGGCCUUCUACACAAGAAGACCGCCGUGGAGAUAAACACAAAAGUGCCCAUGGUCCAGAAAAUCUUGUAUGACCUGGAUUUGAGCGAAGACAGCAACAAAUCAGCACUAGAUGAGUUGCUUGAGAACAAUUGGAGACAGAAACCUAUGAACUCAGCAGUGGAUGACGUCCGAUCCCACAUACAAGCCCCUGUGUCAAAUCUCCUUCGCUUCUCGUGCAAGAAUGCCUUUGUAGGGGACCUGGACAUGGAAAAUAUCUUCCCAAUCAACAGAGAACGUUCAUACUUCUUGGACCUGGAAUUACGAAAGGGUCUACUGUUUCUCACCAUCAAGGCCCGCAAUCCAAUUAAUCUUAGCUUUACAGGAGCCUACUAUUUGAUCUUUCCAAACACAGCUCAGGCAUGUGUCUACUACAUGGAAACGAGAUCGAAGCUCAUCAACGGAAUGAGCUUGGACUUGGAGUUUGUUCAGCCCCAGGAGCAGCACUUGAAGAAAAUGGCAUCUCCACUUCUCGAUCGUGACAUCAAUCGCACUCUCCGGGAUCAUAAACUUGGUGUUGAUAGUGACAAGGUGGGCGUGACUCCCAUCGAAGAUAUCUUUGCAUGCUCUCAGUUUAAGCUUCGCAUCAUCAACCAGCUUAAGCAUCUCGACGAAGAUCGAACUCGCAUUUCUGGCCAUCUGGUAGAUCCACUCUUUGACUUGCUUUCGUUUUUUGUUGAUGCUGACAUCCGUAAGAGGCUGGUGUUGGUCAGAAACCUUCCUUUCGGAGUGUCAGAGCCAGCAUUGGAGAAUCUUCUCUGGGAUUACGAAUUGGAUUCCCAAGAUGAUCCUCAGUCUUCCAUCACUCGCAUAGAAACAGAUCCAGUGAGACAAUCGUCACGCACACUCAUCAAAUUCAAUGAUGUAGUCGAUGCCACGAGGUUUGUCCGUAACUUCCAUGGUCGGAAGUGGGAGAAGAUGCUGAGUAGAAAAGACAAGGCACUUUAUGAGCCAUUGCUCUGUGAGAUUGUCAAUUAG